CAUUUUUGAGUUAUGGACGUGUUUACGGAUGCAGCUAAAUGAAGAACGGUGGCUGAAAUAAUAGUAUCAAAUGCGCUGUCUUAAAUUAAUGAGUAAUUAUGAAAAAGUUGGUGAAUUGUGUAAAAAUGAGAAUAUAUGAAAAUAUGAAAAAGUGAGGAAGUGAGGAAGUGCACGUACCUACGAAGGUAUGCCAAAGUGCGAAAUGUGAGUGUUGGCAAGUGUAAAGCAGAGCUAAAUUGAAAAGCAGUAAAAUCGAAAGCGAUAGUCCGCAGUGGAAAUUGGGACGUCGAGGACAGCAACGGAAGGAAAUGCACAUUCUUGCAUGCAUGCAAAAACAACAGCAAAACGCAAAAGGUUCCUCUUUUGCGGUAAUGCCCUUCAGAGCCUUUCAAGUUAAACUUUGAACUUACAAGCAUGCAAACUAUAAGGAAAUGUAUAUCAUACAAAGCCAGAAAGGCUCAUUCUAUGUUGGUGAGUCAAAAAAAUCAAAAAAGACGGAAGGUUUUGAGGACUGUACUCGUAUAUAUGCAAAACGAAAUAUAGGGGAAGAGAAUUCCAAGUAACAAAAAGCGUAUUCGUCUUGCAUUAUUAAAAUUCCUUUCGUGUGCAGCCAAGAAGAAAACAUGACACAAAUUGCAAAACUCAAACCCCGCAAAACACAGCGAAGCCAAAAUCAGCAGCAAUAGCCAGAACAACUACAGAAACGCCAGCAACAGUAGCUUUUAAAUUUAGCAACGAAAAAAUACUGAGCUUAAGCAGGCAAACUUAAAAGCUCACACAAAUUCAUGCACACCCCACUCGUACAGGCAAUCACAGAAUACCUCGCCUCGCUUUAAAGCGUCUACAAUUCUUGCACAUAACACUCGCUCCGAAAGAGGAGGACCUUUACAGUCGUUGUUGCGAUUUAUGUUAAGGACAAGUGGCGCCAUUUGCACAGUUCCUUCAUUCAUCAAGUCUCAACCGUACACAGCAACAAACAGCGCAACCAGCACCACCAGUGAGGACAGCCAGUAAAGUGGUUUGUAAACAGGCGCAACCGCAACGUUUAACAAAGAUUCUUGGCAGCAUUCCACCCUUAUCCGGCUCCAAACUCAUGCUCUCCAACAUAGAGUUUUCUACGUCAGCAGAAUAAAAUAGUGCCGUAGGUGUUUUGCUGUUGCAACGCAACGCAAAAAGCGAGCGGCUUGGUACUUGAGGACGGUGACGUUGGUGUGCUCGACUCGGUAUGGGCGACCUGCAAGCAACAAUUGAAUUUUCCAUUGAGCUCUACAAAUUCUUCAAUGUUGACUUAUUUCAACGAGGCCUCUACCAGGUGCGCUGCGGCCUGCGCGUCUCACCACGACUUCCCGUCCAAGUGGAAACCAGCAUACCAGAUACACCGCAAAACAACGCACAUGCAUCGGAAAAUCACACACAAACGCAGACAGUCACCAACGGUGGUAACGGUGGCGAAAGCAGUGGCGGUGAUGGUGGUGAUGGGGAUGUGCUGCAAGAGCAGCGCGAGCAGCAGGAUGCGAUGCCAAGUAUGCUACAGAACGGCGGAAGCUUAUUGUCAGGAUCUGCAUGCAUAAUCAACGGUUGUGGUGCAUCGCGCGUUUUUCAGAUUCUCUACAGGAAUGAGGAAGUAACGUUACGUGAUGUCAUUCACUUUCGCACACAUUUGCUGGUCGACAGCCGUCACUUGAAGGAAUCCAUUGAACGGGCAGAAUUCUCAUUGCACUUGGAGUUGUGGUUUGGGGAACAAAACGGCAGCAGCUCAUUAUCAUUGGCCUCUACACGCACCAUACAGCUGAAUUUCCAUCCAGGUCGAGGGCUACACUACCAUUUGCCGGUGCUGUUCGAUUACUUCCACUUGGCCGCCAUUAGCGUUGGCAUCCAUGCCAGUUUGGUGGCAUUGCAUCAGCCCUAUAUAAACGCCCCUAAAAGCUCGAAAGCUUGGAGCGGUAAACUAAACUGCCGAGGUAGCAUGUCCCCCGGUCCACUGGAGGCCGUCUUUUUCGGUCCCCAAAUUGUGGGUACCACCAAAUGUAGCGGCGGACCGGCUGGUCGGCUUUUGCAAUCGCGACAGAUACAUCAUGAAGUGUGCAGCCUGUUGUUGGGCGCCAUCGAGAAUCUGAAAGCGACCCUCAAUGAGUUUAGCACAGUGCUGACGAAAAGUAUGAUUAAUCAAAUCGGUUCGCCACCUUUACGAGAGAACGAUGCCUCUGAACGCUUGCAGCACUUAACCGAAGAAGCGAAGCUCCAUGACACCGAAGAAGACUUUGCCAUACGUGCCAAUUCCGACAUCGCUCAGCUGUGUGCCGAGUGCAUUAUGUACUGGCGGCGAGUAUUACUAGCCUCUUCUCAAACCGCAGUGCACACCCUGCUUGCCAAGAAGCACCACAUCUUGCGAGUGCAACGUUUUGCCGAAGGUUUCUUUGUCAACGAAAACCCGCGUCAUUCUGCAGCUGGUUGCUAUGAUAGUAACUAUCAAAACUAUGUAGCUAUAGCCGAAAUGGCGCGUCGCAGCCGCUAUUUACAGUCUCUGCCACCGUUGCCGGUACAUUGCACACCCAUUGAUGGUGACGCCAGCUCGUUACCAUUGAUAUUCGAAGACCGUUAUGUGGAGCCACCAAGCUAUACACGAAGGCGUCCCGGCAGCGAUCCGCAUUUGAAUAGUCACGAAAGUCUUGUGAGCUCUUGUGGCAGCAGUACAACCAAACCACCGCCGCCUCCCUGCAUGAUGGAUAAGACGCACUCGGUGAAUAGUUUGAGCGGACGCAGUUCGAACUCUAAGGAAUGUGCUUGCACCGUAAAUUUCGAAUAUCAGAGUAGUCCUGGCUGCGUAGCGGGUGUUCUUACGCCACGCUUUGCAUUGGGUGGAGAAAUAUUGCAAGCGAGUUUAACUAUUGCGACGACGGCAGCAGCCAAAGCACCUGAUGCACUUUAUCAACGGCAGAUGUCGCGUCACUCCGUAACAGGCCUACUCGAAGACGGUGAUGAUACCGAGGCAACUAAGGAGUAUAAUUAUAAUAGUAGUGGCACAUUACCGGCGCGCCACAGCAAAUCUUUGGACCAACUAGACGGCACAGUUCACAGCACUCCCUCAUUGCGCACUCACAGCCAUACACAGCAACUGAACAUGCAUACUUCACAAACACAGUCAGAGUCUAAUUAUAAGCAUUUUAGUGAUGGCGCCAGUGCCUCCAGCUUAGCCAACAAAAUCGACCAGUCAAUGUCGCGUAAACAAAAGGCGCAAGCCGAAGAUCUUAUGCGCAACAUUUCGGAGUUCCGACAGAAGUACAAAAGCUGUGAGGACGGCAAACGGUGUGAAUCGAAAUUGCAUUUAAGCAACAAUGGCACGCACGCCAACAAUUUAAGCUCGACUGGCUGCAGCCGAGCCGUCGUAAGCACUGUAAAUCACCAGCUCGGUAGCAGUAGCAACGAACGGGCGGGCAAAUUCGACUAUCUGCACGAGAUACGCAUGCUAAAUUCCCCAAAACAACUUACGCUGUGCUCGCAUUACAAUUCGCUACCAAAAUACAACGGGGAUGGUUUAAUUCCACCGAGAAACUCAUAUCCACCCAUUAAGUCUAAAACAAUGAAUGGCUGUUUAGAAAACGGUACUAAAGUUAUCUCAAAGUCCACGCAGGCAUCUACACAACAACAAACCACUAUACCGCGCAGUAGCUCUUCGCAAGCAUUGCGUCAGAAGUUCCCAGCCGAUACUAGCAUACAAACGAACUCGUCGUCGACUAUUCCGCGAUCAGUAGAAAUUGCACGAGUUCGGGUAUCAGACCUGAAAGAAAUGUUGAAGUGCGGCACACUCAAAAAAGAGUCAAGUAGCUCUGAAAGUGAUAUACCCUCCAAAGUGCUAUCAUCAAAAAGUAGCGACCACAAAAUGCUCUCUUCGGCCAGUGUUCCCUUUAAACUAGAAUCGUUGAACACAACAAGCAGUGAACAAAACACAAGCGGCUUUAGUGAAUCACUACCGAAUCUAGCACCACCACCACAGUUCGGCUCUGGAUCGGGACAAAAGAGGAAGCUUGUGCUUAGCAACUCUACGUCGUCGCUAAGUGAGGAAAGUGGUUGGGUCUCUAGCCGACGCAGCUCACUGGGGCCGUCUAGUCCUGAAACAAUCACAAAUAAUGAAAAAAAUGAGAAAAAAGAACAAGCACAUAUCAACGGUAUGGAGACACGGCUCAAUGGUGAGCAACUACGUCUCAAAUUACAACAACUAUUAGAUCAGCAAAAUCAAAAGACCAUCAAAAAACACAAUUCAGCGAAGCAUGCGAAUCAAAAUCACAAACUCAACACGACCAGUAAUGAAAUAUCUAUUCAUCGCAAAGUAUCAUCAGUAACAUUAAAGAUGAAACCCGAUUACAGUAGAACCGAAUUGCAUUUGCGCCGUCAUUUCCAGCAUCUGCCGAAUGGCGAGUCGACGGAAACGGAUGAUUUAGAAAUUCCCUCACGAAGGGAACGCUCGAAACAUAACAAACAUGAAAAAUCCAAAUCAGACUUUGAUUUGGCUAGUUUAAAAGAAAACACACCACUAGAAAAUGUGCGAGUGCCCCCGCCCCAACAAUUCCAAGACGAUCUACUACCACCAGAUGAGUUUCGCGAUCCACCCUUACUGGAUGCACAUGAAAAAGAUGCCAUAAGGAAGACGAAGUCCAACAAUACGACAACUACAGACACAUCCAAAAAUAAUAGCAGCAAGAAAAAUAAUACACACUUAACAACGUCAUCAAAAACUCAUCCCAUCAACGAAAUUCAAAUGUUGCCAACACAAAUUCCAAAAAUGAAACCAAAGCACAACCAAAAUUUAAAGUUCAGCCCGAAAAAGAAUCGUCCGAUACAUACAGUGGUUAUGCAGUCACAAAAUCCAAAAGGCAUGCAACAACCUUCGCCUCCUACGACACUCAUUGCCACACCGUCCCACAUAAAGGGCAUGGUCCAGAAGCAAAGCCUACUGGAGGACCUGGUGCCCUCUCACGCCAUUGAUAACCCUGUCUAUCACAUUUACGAAUCACUAAAACCCAUAAAUACACCCGCCAUCUUUACAAAGAAACCUUUAUUGAAGUCCCACAGCAUCGUCGAGCCUAAACACAUUCAUGGCGAACAACUCUACAACAGUUAUUGUAAGUCGGCAGCGCAUCAACACGUCACAAACGUCAGCAACACCGCUGCACACAACGGCCACAGCCAUGAUCACACAACGCAUUCUCAUUCCGUCGAAUGCACCGAAGACGAGGACAAGGAAAACACAGGCAACGCCCAAAACCAAGUGCGGGUUGCGCGCACCGAUAGCCAAAAGUCGAAUAGCACUCAGUUGUUAACAAAACGAACCAAAACCGAGGGUGUCGGCAGCAGUAGCAAGGAGACAAACAUUUCACUCAUGGAAUUUGAGAAAUAUCGCGAGGAGUUUCGCAAACAAAUCAAAUACACCGGAAGCAUUUAUUCGGACUUCAUAAAGUUAGCGUCCGAACUGCCAUACUUUAGCAUUAGCGACGAGUACCGCACUUUUUCGCCCAAAGGUAUGCAUUUAAUUAUCUGUGUUCAUGGAUUGGAUGGGAACGCAGCCGAUUUGCGACUGGUGCGAACCUAUCUGGAAUUGGGACUACCCGGCGCCAAUUUAGAGUUCCUCAUGUCGGAACGCAAUCAAGGUGACACCUUCUCGGAUUUCGAAACCAUGACCGAUCGGCUUGUAGCUGAAAUACUUUAUCAUAUCGAGACGUGCGGUUUGAAUCCAACGCGUAUUUCUUUCGUCGCACACUCACUGGGUACGAUCAUUGUGCGUAGUGCUUUGGCACGCUCUCAAAUGCGCCCAUUACUACCGCGCCUACAUACAUUCCUAUCGUUAUCGGGACCCCAUUUGGGCACACUCUACAAUACCAGUGGACUUGUCAAUAUGGGCAUGUGGUUCAUGCAAAAAUGGAAGAAAUCUGGUUCCUUACUACAGCUUUGUAUGCGCGAUACUGCUGAUCUGCGGAACUCCUUUCUCUAUCGACUUAGCCAGCGCAGUACCUUACAUCACUUUAAAAAUAUACUGCUCUGCGGCUCCAGCCAAGAUCGUUAUGUUCCAGCGCAUUCAGCACGUUUGGAACUUUGCAAAGCAGCUAUACGCGAUAAUUCCAAUCUGGGAACGGUUUACAGGGAAAUGAUUCAUAACAUAAUCACACCAAUACUGGCACGUCCCGAAUUAAAUUUGGCCCGUUACGACGUCCAUCAUGCGCUUCCGCAUACGGCAAAUACGCUCAUCGGUAGAGCAGCGCAUAUUGCUGUACUCGACUCGGAAUUAUUUAUAGAGAAGUUUCUAUUGAUAGCUGCUUUAAAAUAUUUCAGUUAACCAGAAAAACCUAGCAGAUCAUUAAUUUAAAAAGAACAAAUUGAAACGGAAUACAAAAAUGGCUAUUAAAUAACCAGAUUGACGAUCUAUGACAAUUUAUUUUAAUUUCGUACACUUAAUCUGAUUAGAAUUCUAGUGUGACAGACAGUCGUUACGCGGAUUAGGGAACAGCUGAUUUUUUUUUAUCAGUAAAAGAUGAACUGCAGGCAGCCAAUACGGGUAUUAGCUACGCUGAUACUAAGAAAUACAAUUUUAUUACAAAAAAUCUUAAAUUUCUUAGUCUCAAACUGCUCCGAAAUAUCAAAACAAUUCAUGUAAUUUCAAACGUGUUAAAGCAAACUAGAAUUGCACGCAGUCUGUCUUGUUCUUCUCUUUAAAAGUUUCAUUAUUUUUCAUUCGCGAUAGCUUAACCGUCAUUUUUCGGCAAUGUUGCCAUCGAAAAUUCCCCUAAUCCGCUAAAACUAUGAGAAUUAAGUGUAGUUAUCAAAAGCGCAAGGCAGAUGGAGGUCUGUCUCAACGUGUGCUUUUUCGAAAACACUAUGGCCUCAAUACGAUAUAAACAGAACGCUUAAGGUGAUGGGAACCUCCCGCCAUUCAUUUUCCAAACUCAUUGCGGUGUUGACUGGUCACUGGGUGAUCGGUACUCAUGCGGAGAAGCUUAGAAGUCCGUACAACCCCUAUUGCAGAGGCUGUAGGGAUUCUGCAGAGAAAGAGACUGUUGAACACUUUCUCUGCAAAUGUCCGGCUCUGGCGGCUAGGCGCUUGAGAUUCCUUAACGUGCCCUUUGGGGAUGUCUUGAAGAAAUUCUCCAGCCUAGAUCCCUUUUCCCUCCUCCACUACAUCAACAGCACUGGAUGGCUGUAGAAGGUUUUCUCUGCCCAAAAUUUAGGUAGUGAGUGGUUCACAUUAAGUAUCAAAACGGCAGGUAAGUGCUACUUAAAGUAUGCCUGUGGUACUCUUGCCAUCUUACCUACUUACCUACCUACCUAUUUAUCAAUUCGCAUUAGUUGCACGUAAUUCCUAAGAUAAUUCCGAAUUAAAUCGUUAAUCCCGAUAAACGCCACCAUUUGUCUAAGGUAUAAAGAACCGAAGAAGACAACUCAAGGGCGUGCCUUCGCUCGUUGUGCUGUUGUGUUCAAAGAAGCGAGAGGUAAUGCACUCGGAAGAAAAGGAUUUCCGCUAAACAGCUGACAGUGGCUGGCAUUUGGUGCAUGCAUAUCCCUUCUACAGCAGCGUCAGUCUUGUUAUUUAAUAGCCAGAUUUCGUAUGUUUACAUGGAUGAAAGUUUGGAUGACAGUUGAGUAAAAUAUUAGAAUUUAUUCGUAGUUGUUGGUAUAAAAACGCUUAAGUGAAAAGGUUAGGCUACUCUUCAGAGUUGGAUAAGUUUGCAGGUUUAUGAAACAAUUGUUUUAAAUCUACAAUAAGCAGGGAUCUGGGGAUAAUGUUGCAUACAAAAAGGUGUUUCUUUUUUUUUAAUUUACCAGCCAAAUUCUAUUACUACCUUAUUUUAUUUGACAAAAGCACACUUUUCCAGGAAAACUGCUACAAGUAAUAUAACUGGCAAAAUCAAGCACUGAAAAAAUCACACCAAAAAAGUUAAGUAAAAUCAACCCUAAUCCUAUGUCGAUGGGUAGUUCGCGUCGGGCGCUUAUUUCUACUAUAUAACACCAACAGAAAAUUAGAAAAAAUGCAUAAGGUAUCUUCUAAGCUUUAACUAAAUAAUAAAAUAUCCGAAAAGAUGUUUUCAAAAAAUUGUAUUUUAAUAUUUUAUC